ACUUGGUGUGUGGCUAGACCUUCAUCAGAUGAGAUGGCACUUGAGCAAAACAUAGUUUUUGCAUGUAAAUAUGUGAAUUGCAAUAUAUUUAACGAGGGUGGUCCUUGUUUUUCACCAGAUAAUUCGAUGAAUCAUGCUUCUAUUGCCAUGAAUUUGUACUAUCAAUCUAAAGGAAGGAAUUUUUGGAAUUGUUACUUUGGUAAUUCUGGCCUUGUUGUCUUGACUGAUCCAAGUAAGUCCUACCUGUCAAUUUUAUAU